CCCGUUCAUUUGUUGCCGACGGGCUUUUUGACAUCGAUCCACAUCCACCGCCUUUCCUUGACUUGCACUUUUACCUUGACUUCCGCUUGUACCUGGACACGUAGCUGCUACGAACACACGCCCACGCUUAACGAUUCCGUCCAACGACUCCGUCCAACGACUCCGUCUACCGCCUCCGUCUACCACCGAUUACGCACCCACGAUCAAUCCACCACAAUGGCCGACAAGGAAUACACAUACUCGGACGUGUCGGAGCACAACACGAAGAACGACUUGUUUGUCGUUGUGCACGAUAAAGUGUAUGAUUGCUCGAGCUUUGUGGAUGAGCAUCCCGGCGGCGAAGAAGUCAUGCUCGACGUCGGCGGCCAAGACUCAACAGAAGCCUUCGAAGACGUCGGCCACUCAGACGAAGCGCGGGAGAUUCUCGACGGCCUGCUGGUUGGGACUUUGAAGCGCCAGGACGGCGACCCAAAGCCCAAGAGCUACGCCGCCCCAGGCUCAACUACCACCGCGACCGACGGCGCGACGACGGGCGUGGGUCUGUAUGCUGUUAUCCUUGUUGGUGGCGCGCUGGCGUUUGGUGCGUUCAAGUACUUGCAGGCGAAGUCUGCUGAGUCGCCUGCUAUUUAGAUGGUGCGGUGGGGGGUGGAUUGUGGGGACGGCGGACGGAUGGGCGUAGAUCAUUCUGUCGGGGAUACUGGGCGGGGUGAUUGGGCGUAUAUAUGGAUGGAGGGAUAGAGGGAUGGUUAUGCGUGUAGAUGUGUGAGUGCGAAAUACUCAAGUCGAUGUGCAAACGGUAUAUGUUCCCAUUUCACCAGGCGUAGGGCUUCUGUGCCGUACCCCCCAUGUCAGACCGGUUUUCCCAUCCAUCCAUGAAUGAUUGCACGGCUCUUCCCAAAUAGACACUCUUGGUCUUGGCAUGUGCAUGUGCAAUGGCAUGUGUGCUGAGAUUGGGAUUCCUACACGUAUGUAUGUGGGUGGACAUUUGCGUAGGGUGAGGAAGACGUGUGAAGAAAAG